CAAAUUUCUUUGCGUACUUUGGAGAAUACCUGGCGUCUACCUUAAUGAGCACUCAAUCAGACGCUAUAAAGGGGCCUACGUUAGGAGUUAAUCUAACACGUUGGUUCUCCACUAACGUGCCCGUUUUGGGCGAUUGUAACCUUGUCUCCUAUGUUUAAUUUACAAUGUGAAAAAAAUAUUCUGAUUAUGAUAAAGUGAUAUUUUGUCGAAGAUCAAUUUUCAAAAUUCCAAUCGAGUCACGCCUUUCUAUAAAUCCUAGUAGAUUAGAGUGCUAUUUUCAACUUGAGGUACGUCUCUCAAGUUUCACCUAAUCUUAACGAGACAACCUACACUAUUUUAAGCUCCAAAGCAACUGUAACAUCCGUUCCAAAAAUGUGUCGACAUAAAACAUUGUAAAGUUGGGAUCUUUUGAGAUGCUUUCCCAAUUUAUGCCUUGGAACCCAAUUGAUCGGUGCCAAACGUGUAGCGUUGAGUGGCCGGGGAUUAGUGCGCCAGCCACAGACAGCAAUUCGGCCUUAGCCACCUCGUCGGCGCUACAACAACAACGCCACUAGCCGGCCGCGGAAGUGGCUCUUUCUCUCUCCCCGCUCGUGGAAUAAUUCCCUUCUUCAUCCGAAAAAAAUCCUUUCUUUGUGGCCACAAAACCAACCUCCGGAUUUCCUACUUCAGCCUCUUCCCUUGCAAUUGAUGCUCUCUUGCUUCUCUCUCUUCCUGUAUCCGCCAGUCACUAUCUCAAACACCUCAUUCCCACUUGUCCGCUCUCCGCCUUCUCUACGGCUGCCGUCGUCUGUUGCACUACACAAACAUAUACAGUCAUAUACUUCCCCGCUCCUCGCUCGACGGCAACGACCCACCAUGGCUUUGCUGAGUGUUAUCUAAAUCGACGGCGCAAGACUUCUUGAAAAUGCAGCAAUCUUCGGGAGUAGCUCAAGAACCGGGGCCUCUUGUCGAUUGGGUGGCUCAAUUCGGUCGCUUUGCAUUCAACGCCGCCGCGAAUUCAAAUGGGUACUCUUCCUUUCGUUCCAAUUACUUGUACUUUGAUACCACGGGUCGAAAGAGUAUCAGGGGAGGCAGGGUGGCUGCUUCCUUGAGGCUGGGAGAAGGAGGCGGUUCGAGUUUUAGAAGGAUUUGGAAUGAAUUUAAUGGGUUUGUUAGGUCUCACUGUUAUAGAAUCCCUAUUGGGUUCGCUUCUGUUGGGGUUGGGCCAGGGGAUUGUAGGAGUAGUAGUAGUAGUGAUGUUAGUAAGUUGAACGAUGGUUGUGAUGCUUUGGUGGAUGAGGGUUUGCCUUUGAAUGGAGUUGGGACUGACGGCCCUAAAAAGGUUCUCAUUCUGAUGAGUGAUACCGGUGGUGGUCAUAGAGCUUCCGCAGAGGCUAUCAAGGCUGCUUUCUAUGAGCAGUAUGGUGAUGAUUAUCAGGUGUUCAUUACUGAUCUAUGGUCAGAGCACACACCUUGGCCGUUCAAUCAAUUGCCUAGGAGCUAUAAUUUCUUGGUCAAACACGGUACAUUGUGGAAAAUGACAUACUAUGCAUCUGCACCAAGGCUAAUUCAUCAAUCGAAUUUUGCUGCAACUUCAACGUUUAUAGCUCGUGAAGUUGCCAAAGGAUUGAUGAAGUACCAACCUGACAUUAUUAUCAGUGUGCAUCCACUGAUGCAGCAUGUUCCUCUUCGUAUAUUGAGGGCAAAGGGUCUUCUGCAGAAGAUAGUAUUCACUACAGUAAUUACAGAUCUUAGCACAUGCCAUCCAACCUGGUUUCAUAAGCUUGUUACACGAUGUUAUUGUCCAUCAACCGAAGUUGCUAAGAGAGCCUUGAAAGCCGGGUUGCAGCCUCCCCAAAUCAAAGUUUUUGGCCUUCCUGUUCGACCAUCCUUCGUCAAACCUGUUCGGCCUAAGGAAGAACUAAGGAGAGAACAAGGGAUGGAUGAAGACCUUCCUGCUGUUCUCUUGAUGGGGGGAGGAGAAGGGAUGGGGCCUAUUGAGGCAACUGCAAAGGCACUUGGUGAUUCUUUAUAUGAUGAGAAUCUUGGGGAGCCAAUUGGUCAAGUCCUCGUUAUAUGUGGCCGCAACAAAAAGCUUGCUAAUAGAUUGGCUUCAAUCGAUUGGAAAAUUCCUGUUCAGGUGAAGGGUUUUGUGACUAAAAUGGAAGAUUGCAUGGGUGCAUGUGACUGCAUCAUCACCAAGGCUGGUCCGGGAACUAUUGCAGAAGCCAUGAUACGCGGGCUUCCUAUAAUUUUGAACGACUACAUUGCAGGGCAAGAAGUAGGUAAUGUGCCAUACGUGGUGGAGAAUGGAUGUGGGAAGUUCUCGAAAUCGCCGAAAGAGAUAGCUAGGAUCGUUGGUCAAUGGUUUGGUCCAAAGAAGGAAGAACUGAAGGCCAUGUCUCAGAAUGCUCUGAAGUUGGCCAGACCUGAUGCGGUUUUCAAGAUUGUCAACGAUAUGCAUGAACUGGUUAGGCAGCGGAGUUAUGUCCCUCAGUUGAACUGUGCAACUUAAAUCCUGUCAAAACAAUCAAGCCCCAAAUUUUCUUUCCCUCAUCAUCCAUGAAAUUUUGACUCAAGUGAGGUUGGUUUGAGACUUUGUAUCCAUGUUCUGAGAUUUGUCACUGAUUUGAACAAUGAAAAGGAAAAGCUAUAUGAUUGAUUCUUUCUGUGAAUCUUGUUUGUUCAAGUGGCUCGUGGUAUGAGUCGAGAUGGAUAGGGCUGUGGGCUAUAUUGAAAUUGUCAUCUUAAGCCGAUUAGGAAACAGAUCCCUAAAAGAAAAGUGGACAUAACAGAAAUAUAUUUGAUCAAUGUAGGAUCCAAGUUAAGUCGAAAUUUUUACCGUCAACUUCCUUCGCAUCGAAAUCAACAUAUACUAAUAUU